UGCCCCUACCCCUGCCCCCUACCUGCUGUUCGUGCCCCCUUCCUGAUGUUCCUGUAGAAUGUAUUCAUUCUGUAAACAUAAAAAACGCUUUAAUCUGUAGAUAUCCAGUUCUUCACUUUAAACCAUGCUGCUUUUUAAAAGUCUGUAUUGCUAUCCAAUUUUAUUAGCAUAAAGAAAGUUAGUUACGAAACUGUUGCAGCAUUGCUUAGAGCAUCUCCAACCAAACUCUUAUUUUUGGCCCCCUAUUUCUCCCAUAUGAGGACCUCUCAUCCAGUUUCUCUCUCCUACUUCAAAAUGUACUCCAACAAACCCCUCAUAUUUGCCCCCUUACUUUCAACUCUCUCAUAUUUUAUUGACAUGGACCAACUACCAUGAGUAUAGUUUUACAUAAACAUUUUUUUGAUCAUAUUUUGCAGGAAAUAGUAUUUUGCAACAGUUAUAUUUUCAGCGGUCGGAUUUGUUGCAACGGUCAUAUUUCGAAUGGUUAUAUUUGAAACGGAUUUUUUUUGCAACGGUCAUAUUUACAACGGCUAUUUUGCAACGGUCAUAUUUCAAACGGUCAUAAUUCCAACGGCUAUAUUUUUCAGCUCGCUAUAUAUAUGCAUGUCCACCCUUCUGGUUCCCACACCAAGUCAUUCUUCCCUCCCCUACUGAAAUGAGUUCUUUGUCUCGCUUGGACUCCUCCUCGUCGUCGUCAGAUGACGAUGACGAACUCAUCCUUUCAGCAUUACACAUAGCACACACACAAUACAAAGCUAGAAAUGUUCCAAGAUGGGGCGGUUCUGUGGUUGGUCGAGAGUAUAUUCAUCGCGACAGAGUAGGCGGCGCAUGGAGGUUGUACAAUGACUAUUUUUCAGAGAAUCCGACCUAUGGUCCGAAUUUCUUUCGCCGCAGGUUUAGAAUGGGUCGUUCUCUCUUUAUGCGCAUAGUGCAAGCUGUAGAGCAACAUGAUGACUAUUUUGUUCAAAAAAGAGAGGGGAAUGGACGCCUUGGGUUAUCAUGUUUGCAGAAGAUUUGUGCAGCAUACAUGAUGAUAAGUUAUGGAGUACCUGCAGAUUUUAUGGAUCAAUAUAUUCGCAUUGGUGAAAGCACUGUCGUAGAGAGUCUUAGAAGGUUUGUUAGAUCUAUUAUCGAGGUCUUCGGAGAUGAGUACUUGAGAUCUCCAAACGAGCAUGACACAGCUAGAUUACUUGCAAUCGGUGAGAGUAGAGGCUUUCCCGGAAUGCUUGGGAGCAUAGAUUGCAUGCAUUGGGAGUGGAAAAAUUGCCCAACAGCAUGGCAAGGGCAAUAUACAGGUCAUGUUCAUAAGCCCACCAUCAUUCUCGAAGCCGUUGCUUCUCAAGAUUUAUGGAUUUGGCAUGCUUUCUUUGGUUUGCCAGGGUCCCACAAUGAUAUCAAUGUUCUUCACCGUUCACAUCUUUUUGCAAAGCUAGCUGAGGGUGAAGCCCCACAAGUUAACUAUACAAUCAAUUGUCAUAGUUAUACAAUGGGUUAUUAUCUUGCAGAUGGCAUCUAUCCUAAAUGGGCAACAUUUGUGAAGAGCAUGAAGUCUCCACUUGGGAAUAAGAAGAAAUAUUUUUGUCAAGCACAAGAAGCCGUUAGAAAGGACGUAGAACGGGCUUUUGGAGUUCUACAAUCUCGUUUUGCUAUUGUUCGUGGACCAGCUCGUUUUUGGGAUAAAGAAACCCUUAGAGAGAUCAUGACAGCUUGUAUCAUAAUGCAUAACAUGAUCGUUGAAGAUGAGCGAGAUGGAAAUGAAGACUUCCGCUAUGAUGGUGUUGGGCAGCUUGUUAGACCUUCACUGAGUGAAGAACGUAAUCGCACACAUGAAUUCCAUGAGUUCAUGCAAGCUCAUCAUGCUAUACGAAAUGUGCAAACUCACUCUCAACUUCGAGAAGAUCUAAUCGAACACCUCUGGCAACGUCAUGGAGACAUGUAUUAAUUAUUUAUUACAUAUGAUUGUAUCUCCCUUAUGUAUGUAACUAUAUCUCUCCAUGCAAACACAUCAUGUACGAAUCAAAUUACAAGAGCACAUCCAUCUAAAUUUAAUAA